AAGUAGACUUCCGGUUCUGAAUCAAAGGAGGUGGCGCCAAAGAACGUCAACAGAGCGGGUCGACAACGGAUUAAUUUAUUAAUUCGAUUAUAGAUGAUAGAUUACCAGAACAAUAUCGUUCAUUACUGCAAACCACAACGAUAACGUGCAUUAAUUUAACGUUCGUCUAGUGAAUGAUAAGGAGCCACAGGUAGGGUUAGGGUUAGAGAGGGGUAGGGUUGAUGUUAGAUCCUGAUCAUGAAGACUGAGCCGCUGCUCGUCGUCGUGUCCGUCCUGGAGGGUCGUGACUUCCCGAAGAGCCAGCGGGCGUGUGUGGUGGUGACGGCCCGGUUCGAUGGAGAGCGGCUCUCCACUGACCCCGUGGAGAGCCGAGAGCAGCCCCAGUUCAGCACGGAGCUGGCCUGGGAACUGGACCGCCGCACCCUGCACCAACACAGGCUCCAGAGGACCCCCAUCAAGCUGACGGUGUUUGCGGUGGGCAGCGGGACGGGGGGAGAGUCAGGGGGAGAUGCACUGGGCUACGUGGUUCUGGAGCUGCGCUCCGUCCAGGAGAUCAGACAGGAGCCCCGCUGGUACCCUCUCCUCAGCAGUCGGUUCUCCCAGCGGCGGCCUGCCCUGCUGCUCAGCGUUCUGCUGGAGAACGACACCAAGACCCCCCACGCCUCUCCUGAUAGGUUCAGAGCCAAGAAGGCCCCGCCCAGACCAGGUUCUCUCGCCGUGGCUGAUCUGGUCCCAGAGCGGCUGGAGGCGGUUCUUGUGCCGGAGCAAGGCUACCACCAGGUGGGACCCCCAGAACUCUGCUCCGACAUGUUCGUCCUGUCCGUCACCGUCGCCUUCGCCUCCAAACUAGAGCAGCUGGUUCCCAGCACCGUGCCGCUGGCGGCCGAGGGGGCAGACUUCUUCUUCUACUACAGCCUGCUGGGUAAUGACAUCACCAGCGCGCCGUUCCUCAACCUCCUCAGCCCCUCCUUCCAGCCGGAGCGCGCCUCCGUACGCAUCCGCAGCACAAAGCAGGUCCUGCUCACCUACCUGGGCCAGCAGCCUGCUCUACAGGUCCAUCUGUGUUGUGGAAGCCAGUCUCUGGGGAGUGCAGAGGUACCUCUGUCGGACCUGUCUCACUGCUGCGGGGCGCUGGACAGACAGACGGCCACGGUGGAGGGGGUUUUCGUCCUCUGGGGGGGGGGCAGAGGGCCCCCAAGAGGCCCCCCCGCCGACCUGCAGCCGUCAGUCGGCCUGGCCCUCAGCCUGCGGAGGGAGAUGUUGCCAGGCAACAGUGAUGGAGGAGAUGGGCCUGCCCAGCCAGUGGCCCCAUCCCUCCUCGCCAGGCCCCCCCAGACACACCAGCAGGGGGCGCCCUGUCCAUCAGCUCACACAGGGCUGAACCGGCUGGUGGAGGGGGAGCAGGACCAGGGGGGGGAGGUGGAGCAGGGCCAGGGGGGGGAGGGGGAGCAGGACCAGGGGGGGGAGGUGGAGCAGGACCAGGGGGGGGAGGGGGGGGAGCUGGUCUCUAUCCCAGCCUCAUCGCACCACUUCUGCUUCUCUCUGGACCUCCGCAGUCUCACCAACCUGCUGCUCCCACACACCCCCUCAGUCGUCCUCAGGUACUGGUACCGGUUCCUGGGGGGUGCUUCUCCCAUCAGCACCAGCCCGGCGGUGGAGCUCCGGGGGGGGGAGGAGGUGUUCCUCCCUCAGUCCUUCUGCUCCUUCCACUUCGCUGCCCAGCCCCAGCAGGUGCAGCAGACCUUCACCAGUGUGCCCCUACAGGUGGAGGUGUGGUGUCGCGCCCCCGGCUCCAGAGACCAGCUGGUGGGCUCUGCCUCCGUGCCCCUGGCGCCGCUGCUCUGUGCAGAGCGGACUAGCUUCAGUGGUCCUCUGGGUCAGCCGGCCUGCAGACAGACGCUCACCACCACGGCACCCGUACUGUCCAACCACAGGGAGAAGGUGGCUGACCUGUGUUACACAUCCACCCUGGAGGACCAGGGGCCUCUCCAGACCACAGCCGCCCUGGAGGACCAGGGGCCCCUCCAGACCACCGCCGCCCUGGAGGACCAGGGGCCCCUCCAGACCCCCGCCGCCCUGGAGGACCAGGGGCCCCUCCAGACCACAUCCACCCUGGAGGACCAGGGGCCCCUCCAGACCGCUCCCCUGUCCUCUGCCCAGAGCAGACUGGAGCAGCAGGAUCUCAACCGGACCCCAACACGAGCACCCCCCGGCGGCCCCAGCAGGACCCCCGCCCAGGCCUGGGCCCCCGGGCCGGGCCCCAGCAGGACCCCCGCCCAGGCCUGGGCCCCCGGGCCGGGCCCCAGCAGGACCCCCGCCCAGGCCUGGGCCCCCGGGCCGGGCCCCAGCCGAGACACCCUGGAGUACCGUACCGCUGUGGAGCUGGAGCUGUGGAAGGAGGAGCAGGAGGACGCCUUCCUCCAGCAGCUGAGGAGAAAGGAGUCUAGUCACAUGCAAGUGUUGGCUGAAGAGUGGAGGAGACGAGACGGCGAGAGAGAAGCUCUGGUCAAGAAGAAGGAAGUGGAGUAUAACCAGUUAGAGGAGCGUCUGCAGAAGACUCUAGAGGACCUCGAGAUCAGAGAGAAACAGCUGGAGCACGCUCACAAGGAGAGCCAGGCGGUGGGCCGGGACCUCCGGCUGGACUACGAGCUUCGGCAGCGGGAGCUGCAGGAGAGGAGCGGGCAGCUGGCCAGGGAGUACGGCCAGCAGGGGGCGGCGGAGCGACACCGCCUGGGCCUGCUGGAGGCGGAGAGGAACCGACUGCUGCAGCAGGUGGAGGAAGUUGAACUGCGGUACCAGGCCCUCCAGAAGGAGUUCUCCGUGUUCAGGGAGCAGCAGCACUGCAGACCAGAGGCCCGCCUGCAGUCGGAGGUCAACCUCCUGACCCUGGAGAAGGUGGAACUGGAGAGGAAGUUGGAGUCGACCACCAAGUCCAAACUCCACUACAAGCAGCAGUGGGGGCGCGCUCUGAAAGAGCUGGCCCGCUUCAAACAGCGGGAGCAAGAGAAUGCUCUCCAUCGUCUGAAGAGGCAGCAGGAGGAGUUGGAGGCCAUGAGGCUACGUUACCUAGCAACCGAGGAGAAGGAGACGGUGCUGAGUGAGAGACAGGAGCUGGACAGCAUCCGCCACCAGCUGACCAGGUUAAAGCAGCAGGAGGAGUCUUCAGACCCCGCCCCCAGCGAUAAGGGGGAGGAGCAUCUGGCUCGGCUGGUGGAGGAGAGAGACUCCCUGCUGAGGACGGGCGUGUACACCCAGGACGACCUCAUCAUCAGCCAGCUCAACACACAGAUACACACUGCACGCACACACGGUACUACACACACACUUUAGACACACACAACACACACAAUACACACACUAACACACACACACACUAUAGACACACACUAUACACAGAUACACGCUGUGACCACUAGGGGGAGCCCUGAACUCUUCUAAAGUCUUGGAAGCAGCUGUUUGUAGUUAAUAUCGGAGCCCUAAUCAGUCUGCACCAAGUGGGACUCUAACUAUUUAUUCUGUUGAGAUUGAACUUUGUUUAAUAAAGGAAUUAUUUAGAUGCUU